AUGGCGCCGGCGUUGCGUAAUUUGGGAUAUCACUUUGAUCAUAAAGGGAUUUUAAGGAACACAGUGAAAGAGCAAUUCAAAUUCACAACUCAAAAUGAAUACGAAAAACUUGGUGAAGCAAUCACUGAAGAAAUAUAUCGGCAAUUAGAGGAAAAUUUGAAAUUGGUCAAAAUUGAUGUGAAGCCAAAAGAAUCGAAAGAAACCAAUGUGGGAUUCGUAUUUGCCUCGCCAGAUUACCACGAUAUGGAAACCCUACUUGUCCUGAUCCAUGGAUCCGGUGUCGUUCGAGCUGGCCAAUGGGCUCGAAGGCUCAUAAUAAAUGACAACCUAGAAAAAGGCACCCAAUUUCCGUAUAUAAAAGCUGCAUUAGAUCGAAAAUGGGGAGUUUUAGUUCUCAACACAAAUCAUAACAGUGGCGAAUAUGGGAAAUUGAAGUAUAGCGAGAAUUCCGUCCAACAUACAAUAAACGCAUUUCAAUAUUUGAUCAAUUCAGACAAGAUCAAGAAUAUAUUUGUUGUUGCUCAUAGUCGAGGAGGAAGCGACCUUCAGGCUCUUAUGGACUCGCAUCAUCGUGAUGAAAGAAUAAAAAUCAUAUGCUUAACCGAUUCAUUCUGGAGCCAAAAUCGCAACUAUAAUACCACUGUUGUUCACUUUGUGGCAAAUGCGAAUCACUUGAAAAGCGACCCGUCUCGAAAGUAUUAUGAGCUUUAUGCGGAAACUAAUACACAUGAGCUAUCGAGUCAUUGCGCGAAAAAAGGCGUUUUCUAUAUUUUUGAUCAUGAAAUGGCGAGUCCAGGAACCUCAACCGCCGUCGAUACCACCCAAACAUGGAAUCGACUUGCCGCCGGCUUAAACCUUAUAUAUAAUCGCGAGCAUAUGUCGAAUAACUAUUAUAUGGAACUCUACACGAGCGUCUACAACUACUGCACGUCUAUUACAUUGGCAGGUGAUCCUAAGGUUACCGUUAAAACAAUUGUUUCGAGAUCUCAAGGUACCGCCGAGUUUGUUGGUCAAGAAAUGUACACCCGCGUCAAGUCAUACGUCCAAUCGCGUGUCGAAAUCAUCCGAAAGCAAGGUGAUGACUUGGAUGGUGAGAAUUUGUUGCAAUUCUACACGAAAGAAUGGGAAAACUUUCGAUUUUCAUCGCGUGUGAUGAACGGCAUUUUUCAAUAUUUGAAUCGUCAAUGGAUAAAACGCGAGCUCGACGAGGGCCAUGAUAACAUAUUUAUGGUGUACACUCUUGCGUUGAGAAUCUGGAAAGAGCAUCUGUUUGAUAUCAUGCGCGAUCGUGUCAUCGAUGCGGUUCUUGAAAUGAUCAAGAAGGAGAGAAUGGGAGAAAUCAUCAAUAAGUCAUUUAUCUCCGGAGUUGUCGCAUGUCUGGUUGAGUUGGGUCUUGAUGAGUAUGAUACUCUUGAGAGCACAAGCCGUCGAGCAAGCGAGCGCGACAAUUUGAAGGUUUACCGCGAAUGCUUUGAACUGAAAUUCCUCAAAGCCACCCGAGAAUUCUACAUUCAAGAAGCGUCGGAGUUCCUCAUGCACGGACGCUCUGUCGUCGACUACAUGCUCAUCGUCGAGAAGCGCCUCGAAGAGGAGGACGUACGCUGUCAGAUGUACUUGAAUUCGAGCACCAAGAAGUCGUUGGCGACGUGCUGCGAGGAGGUCCUCAUCGCCACCCAACUCGAAUUCUUCCAAAGCGCUUUUUGCGGUCUGUUGGCGAACAACAAAGAUGACGAUCUUGCGAGAAUGUUCAAACUCUGCGAUCGAGUAUCGAAUGGACUUGACAACUUGCGAGUUGCGCUUGAGAGGCAUAUCGUCAAAGAAGGACACGAAGCUCUUGAGAGGGUGACCAAUGAAGCUCUAUCGGAUGCCAAACUCUAUGUGAACACACUUCUCGAUGUGCACCAAAGAUAUUUCAAGUUGGUGAAGACUGCGUUUGGUGGCGAUCCGGGAUUCAUGCAGGCUUUGGAUAAGGCGGCUACCAAUUUUAUCAACGCGAACGCCGUCACGAAGCGAGCGCCACCAUCGCAAACCAACAGCAAAUCUGCUGAGCUUCUCGCCCGAUACUGUGAUCAGCUUUUGCGAAAAACUGCCAAAAUGCCCGAUGAGCGCGAACUCGAUGAGAUGCUUGACAAGAUUAUGAUAGCAUUUAAAUAUAUCGAUGAUAAGGAUGUUUUCUCAAAGUUUUACACAAAAAUGUUCAGUAAGAGACUUAUCAAUGAGAUAUCGGCAAGCGAUGAAGCCGAGGCGAGCUUCAUUUCGAAAUUGAAAAGCAUGUGUGGUUAUGAAUAUACAUCGAGAUUGUCGAAAAUGGUGAACGACACCCAAGUGAGCAAGGAUUUGUGCGGCGAAUUCAAAGACAAAUUGUCGGCCGAUGAUCGAAACAAAAUCGGUCUCGAGCUCAAUGUGUUGGUGUUGAGCUCCGGCUCGUGGCCAACAUUCCCGGUGGCCAAUAUCAAUUUGCCGUCGCGUCUCGGUUUGUGCGUCGAGAAAUUCACGCAAUUCUACGAUCAAAAGUUUAAUGGACGCAAAUUGACGUGGAUAUACUCGCAAUCGCGCGGCGAGCUUGUUGCCAAUUGUUUCCCGAAAAAAUAUGUGUAUACGACAACAACCGCUCAAAUGGCGACGAUUCUGUUGUUCAAUGAGCAGGACAAAUUCACAAUUGAGCAGAUCAUGAAUGCGACGGGUAUGGAUUUGAAGUCGGCGACGGCUGUUGUUGCAUCGCUCAUCAAGAAUGAGCUUUUGAAAGGAUCCGAUGAGGAAUUGAACUCGCAAUCGACAAUCACCAUCAAUAUGGGGUACGCGAACAAAAAAGUCCGUGUGGAUUUGUCGAAGAUCACCGUUCGGCAGGAGACGAAUCGCGAAACGGAAUCGGUGCACAAGAAUGUCGAGGAAGAUCGAAAGAGUGUUAUUUCGGCUGCUAUUGUGAGAGUGAUGAAGACGAGAAAGCGUUGUCCGCAUCAGCAAUUGAUCUCAGAGGUUAUCACCAUGCUCUCAUCUCGCUUCAAGCCGAAGGUUGAUAUGAUCAAAAGAUGCAUUGAGACGCUUAUCGAGAAGGAGUACAUGAAGCGCACCGAGGAGACAAAUAAAGCAUACGAGUACAUUUCAUGA